CAGGUCACAACAUUUCUUUUCACUUCUUUCUCACUUUCUUUUUGUCGCAGGAUCCUGGACAGGACGGGGGGGGAGGCCACAUGGAUUGGUGGACUUCAUUAGCAGCGAGCAUCGCCUUACUCUGGAUAUUCUGUUUCAUAGACGGUAACGCCGUGCUUGAGCUGCGGCUGCUCUUCCAUGCUCUCACCAAAGCCGCUUGCCACCUGUACCUGGCCCUGCUCCCGCUGCGGCGGGCCGCCACCCACUUCGCCGACUGCGCGCGCUACCUUCUCGGUCAUGUCCAGCAGAGUCCGUCCCUCCAGCACGGGUUCCUCCACAUGGGCCAGCAGCAGCAUCAGCAGCAGCAGCAGCAGCCGCUGGCCAGGAAAGGCACGCUGCACUUCCUGGAGGGCAUGUGCGUGGUGUGCGAGACGGUGCCCAACCUGAUGGGCGCGGCGCUCAGCGUGGGCGCCGCCUUCUGCCACAUGCUGCAGGGAGGCUUCUACCUCCUGGCGGCGACGCUGCGCACCAUCCAGAUCAACCUGUUCUCCCAGAUGAACGGCGAGAAGGAGAGGUGGGACAAGGAGCGCGUCCGGGUCAAGGAGAGCGAGAAGAAGAUGAACUCCAAAGUGCUGGAGUACAUCUCGGUGUUCUGUCAGGACCCCGUCAGCGCUUUACGCAUCAAGGUGGACGUGCCACCUGUGUACAGAUAAGCUGCGUCCGCUUUGCUGCCACUUAAGAGGCCUUCUCUGAACUGGUCACAGGUCAAAGGGUACAGGUGAUGGAUCUGAUCCGACAGGAGGCAGGCCUUUGACCGCCGGUUUUAACCUGAUGUUGAAGUCAGCCAUCUUACUUGGAUGCGGAAGAGGACCGCUGCUUAUGGUGCGUUUUGGUAUACCCCUUGUUGUUUUUUUGCAUUUGCUGAAAUGUGAAUAAAUUGAAAUAAACGUCUCAAACUAAUCAGAGUUGAGAUCUUCACUUAAAGCCCAACUUUCCUAUAAAAAUAAAUAAAUACACAUUUUACAUUUGUUUUGGUAUUUUGUUGUGAAGGUUGUUUAAUAAAGAUGACUACUACAGCUUCUGGUGACGUCGUA